AUGCUACGACCGCUGCUCAUUCUUCUGCUGGUGGGCGCUCUGUUCCGGAAAGACUGUGAAGCACAGAGCACAACGUCGUCCUCCAACACUCUGCAGGUGGUGCUGCUGAUCGGCGGGUGGCCCGGCCCGGUUUACAGGGGCUUCUACGGGCGCUACCACGCGUUUGGACCCCCCGUUGUCUACAACCCUCGGGGAGGCGAGCGAGAGGGCCCGGUGGACUCCAGCGACCCCGGACCCGUUCUAGAGGGUGUACGUAUGGAGUCUGAUGGUUCUGAUGAGGCGCUGCCCCUGGAGGCCGAGGAGGAGGCUGACACCGAGGUCUGGGAGGACGUUCCGGUCGACCCGCUGACGGCCGUGCCCACUCUCAGAACCUCCCGGCCCGAAAGAGGCGCCGCUCACAUCGCUGGAAUCAAUGAGUCGCCGCAGCAGAGACGUGACACGAGCCACGGGCUCAGACCCGACGCUGACGGCGCCACAGCCGGACAGGACCGCGACCGCUGGAGGGGGGACACGUCCGCAGACGGAUCAGAACCAGCUGCGCGCCGCGGGGACCGGGCCGAGCAGGCUCAUCCCAGCGCGGUGGAGCUGCUGUCGGACCCCAGGGGGAGCGCCGCCGUUCGGAACCACUCUGUGAAGCCACAGCUCCCGGGGGAUUUCCUGUUUGAAGUAGCAGUAGAGGUGGACUUCAAGCAGGACUCUGACGACUCCUGGGAAAAUCAGGCCAGGUCCCUGCUGCUGCCCGUCAAGUCUCUGGUGCGUGAGAAGCUGGAAGCCGUGCGUCCGCUGCUGUCCAUGUCUCUGAAGAGAAUUAAAAGGCUCAAUGCAGGCGUGCUGUACAUCCUCUGGCUGCGUGUCGGACCGGGCCCCAGUGGCUCCCGGCUCCAGGCCUCGGUGCCCUCUGCUCUGCAGGGCCUCGUGGCCUCCAGCCUCGGGGACGCCCACAGGGAGGCUGCCGUCAUGUCUGCGUCCACUUCAGAUGUGAACGAGUGUGGGACCCAGCUGGUUCUGUGCGACGCCAACGCCGACUGCGUGAACCAUUUUGGCUCCUACUCGUGCCACUGUCGGCCCGGCUUCAGGGACGCGUCCCGGCUGGGAUCGGGGGGAACCGUGUGUGUGGACCUGAGAGGCUGCAGCUCGGGCCUGUCUCCGGAGGCCAAAGGCGUGUACGCGCUCUUCUUCCUGCUCAGCGCCUUCAUCCUGAUGCUGCUGGUGGUGGCCGCUGUGCUGUACCGCCGUCACCACCGGGGGGCGUUCAUGGUUCAGUGCCGCAGCCGCAGCAGCACGUGUGGCCCCGACCUCAACAACAACCACCACCACCCUCACCAUGACGACUACUCCUGCCCCGCUGAGACCAGCUCGCCCCCACCGCUCCCGGCCCGCGGGCCUGGCGCCGCCUGGGCCCAGGAGAAGCGGCGCCGUCCAGCCGUGGACCUGCCGCUGCUGCGCUUCAGCUCGCUGCAGCCGGCGGACGGCGCCGCGGAGACGCAGGAGAGCGGGAGGAUGUGAAGAGCCGGACGGAGCCCGAUGUCCACUGUUUGUCUGCUCCAUUAAAGUCACAGCUAAACAGCG